UAUUGAUUUGAUCCGUAAAAUCAGAAAUGCGACAAUAGCAACUGUUCCCUACUCGAGGGGCGAUUGGAGUAUAAAGUGUCAAAAGAGAAACCGUCCACUUAAGUAAUAUAGGAAUCGCCCAAAAUUAAAACAAAAUGUUCAUUCUGACACUUUUGUUGACUAGACUAUAAUUAUAUUCCCAACCUGUCAAAAUAUGUUGUUGUCAAAAACAUAACCUCAUCCUUAAAAAACAAUUUCCAAAAAUAUUUCUACUUGCAGCAUGAACCAACUAAUGUUUGAAUAUUCUCAAAUCUGUUAAUUACUCAUUUUGUCUCAACUAAUCACGUUUCUGGAAUCGACGAAAAAUGGGAAAAGUUAUAGAAGUAAAACAAAUCGUGAAACCCAAAAAAAGGAGGCUGAAGCCGGGAGACACAAAUGAUGACCCUCCUGUGAAAGUUCCAAGACGACUGUCCUCAAAACCAAUACAUGCCAAGAGCGUUUCUCCCUCCGGUGGUAAAGAUGACCAAGAGAAGGUAACAUUACAUGAGGAGGUUUAUACUGUGCUUGCAAGCAAUGGUGAUGUUUGCCUUAAAAUAAAAACAGAGGAAGUAUAUGACUUGUUCCUUGAGGAUGAAUUAACAAAUGCCUACUUCUGUUGUUUCAAGGAUUUGUAUUUUCAUAUUAUUGAUGAAAUUGCUCUUGAGGGCCUGGAUGGUAUAACCAUUCAGGCUUGCUGGAAAAGACUUUCAAUUUGUCUGCAAAAACCGUUUUACAGAAAUACUAAUAUUGAAGAAUAUAUUUGGCAGAUCAUUCUUGAUAAUGAUAAUAUACAGUUUUUCAAAUUAGCAGAACCUAGAAAGCCACUGAUUAUAUUCAAUCGUUAUAACUAUAUUGAUCCAGAACUUGGUAGUGUGUGUGAUGUGGUCCCAACUACACCUGAUAUAUACCCAUACCAUUAUGUUACUGCAGAAAAUGUUCAGGGCUCAUGCAGCACAUUUGAUACCAGAGUGAACAUUACAGAGGAGGUUAAACAUAUGACCCUGCAAGAUGUUUUGAAAAAGUUUGGCUCACAAGUUGUGAUUGUGGCAGAUCAAUGCUUAAGAACUUCAGCCUUACUCUUUGAAACAACUGAUCCAGUGAUACAGUUAAUGCCUCUAGAAUAUGGUGUGUUAGAAAGGAUUGGAAGAGCCCGAUAUUAUGGUGAACUCACAGCAGGUUUUACUAACAUAGCUCAAGCUCUGAGUAUUGAAAACAAAUCUUUGCAUCAUUAUCAAAAGCGUUUGUUAGAAAAUAGUUUCAUAACAAAGCAACAUUUUUAUUUUAAAUCAGUUAUAGAUGAUCAGAAUUCAGUUGGUAGCUUAUUGACAUUGAGCAGAUUUCAUUGCAAGAUAAAAUAUAAAAACUUGAUCCUGACAGAUAAAGUUGUGAAUAUACUGAAAAACAUGCCUGGUUAUAGAUGCGAGACAAAGCGUAUAAGUGAUAUAUUUAAAAAGAACUAUAGAACACUUAGGAAGGUAUUCAAAUCUGCUGAAUUCAAAAGAUUUGUUAGACCUGACAUUUCACUUCCAUAUAGAGCUGUAUACCCUAAUGCUAGCCGAAAUGAGUAUAUGAGAAAGUCCAAGCGUGGAGAAAAAAUGCUAAGAGUUUGUGAAUUGAUUGAUCCUAACAUAAAUGUCAUCGCAUGCUGGAACAAUUUAAUGUGGGAUGAGGUAGAAGAUGACGAUGAUGAUGAUGAAGCACAGGAAUUAGGUGCAACAGGAGACAAAUUCAUGAACAUGAAUAUGUGCCACGAAGUGUACACUCACAUUGUCCAGAGUGGCAACAAAGGCAUAACACACAUGGAAAUACUGAAGUUGAUGUGCACAAGCUUCUAUAGCACUCGGAUGGCACUUCGAAAAUUGCUUGCUAGAGAUGUAAUCACCAAAAAGAUGACUGAUGGCGGUCGGCAAAGAUACACAGUUUAUUUUGCAAAAUGUUUUGAAGUUCAGAAUGAAUCUCUGGACAAAAUAGACAUAAAACCUAAAUUAGAAGAAAUUUCAAGUAUAAAAGCAAGAAUGAUUGAGAAACAAAGAGCUGCUAUACAAAAACAAGGCUGUGAAGACUAUGUCCUUACAGUAUCUGAAAUGCCAGCUAGUGGAAUUGGAUGUUAUUUUAGGAAAUACCUAGAAAUUGAGAGUAACUUUAUUCCCAGGUGUGUCUUUUUAAUAACGUCUGUAACCCUGAUGGACAGUAUUGCUAACAUAGAAGACCUAAACUUUUUCCAACAUGGUUGUAGAAACUAUUUGAUCAGACUUAAAUACAUUUCAAGAGGAAAACUGAUUCCUAUCAAUGACUGGCUGAGGGAAUUAAGCCCACAACUACACCCUGAUACAGAAAAAUUGCAUCAAGUUUAUAUUGACAAUGAUAAAAAGUUCGAGACUGAUUUCAUCACAAAGCUAAUCUUACUAAAAUUGUUGUUUGAAGAAAUUGAGUUGUCAGAGGAAUCAUUUGAGAUGCAGAGACAUAAGAGGAAGGCCUCCACUACUAUAGUAAAUACAUCCACGGAAAAAGCAGUAAAUGAGAAGCUCAAUUAUAUGGGUAGCAAUCCUGAAAUAAUCUGGAGGAAUGAAGAAGGUGAGCUGGAGGAAAUUAUGGAGCAGUCAACACGGCCAGAGGAGUACAGGUAUGAAUCAAUCCUGUCUUUUCCUGAAAGUGAGCAUCUCUCAGAUAAAGUAAUGGCGAGACUCCAAAUUCUGUUAGAUUUUGUGAACAAAGUCAAGGUAGUAGAUGACAUGAUUAACAACACGGUCAAACAUAUAGAGGAUAUUGAAGUUAAAGCAGGUGGCACGUACCGCGUCGAUCGAAAGUCUUUGCAAAGACUCUUGAAAAGACUGGUCACGGAGGGUUACAUAAAGAUCUAUCGACUAACGAUUCAAUCUUCAAAUGCUAAACGCACCCAGCUGUAUGCCUGCCAUCCUAGCGUGGGCCCAACUGAUUCUUUACUGAGGCAACUGAUCAGUCAGGUGAAAUUUAAGUACUUCGUAGCUGGGGGGAAGAGAAACGUAAAAAUUAACAUUAAGUGCAAGGAGGAACCUAACCUUGAGGAGCCCAUCCUUGAUGCGCCUUUCAGGCAAGGCGACGUUGUCAAGAGCAUUACUGAGUGGAAUGACCUGAAAAGGUUCAAGAAAAAUAGAGAUGUGAAAAUUAAGUUCAGCCAGAAAGUUGCAAGACAGUAUGGAGUCAAGCCAAAAUUCAUCCGAAUGAGAAUAUUGCAUGAACUUUUAUAUUAUCUUAGCUACACUCAUGAGGCUUUACAGGAACCGCUAACUCAAGAACAGGUGAAGGAGUUAUUCAAGACGUACUGCAUUGAGCUAACUGAAGAAGAGUUAAACCAAAUGCCCCCAAUCUAUUGUAAUGAGUUGAGCUGGCGAACAUUCAUUGGACCUCUGCCUGACCACAAGGGUUGGCCCACUGGUUGGGUUUUACUGUUGGACGUCAUCAUGAGGCUUCCCGUGUGCCUGUUUCUUAAGAUGCACAGUUGUACCAUCGAAUGCCCUCAGUUGCUCGAUAUUAUUAAUCACCCAAUCAAAAGAUUCUACUUAGUAAAAGACCUGCCAACUGUAGCAAGAAAUGCUAUCCUUUUCAGAGGAAAAUAUUCUUCUUCCAUAUACGAUGUAGUGACAAGACUUGCAUUUUGUGGCCUCAUUCAGUUUGGACCACAGAAAUCUAAGGACAGAGAACAGGUAUUUAUAUAUAUUAAUAGAGCUGCUAGCCUACUUGAUACAUCGUCUAGUGAGAGUGCAUAUAACAAAGUAACAAAUAAAGAAUAUCCGCAAUUAAAUUUCCACUUCAAUGAUUUGACGGACAUUGAGAGUUAUUGGACAAAGCUUCAUUGUAUAAGUAUGAGUACCAAGUUAAAUGCUAGGGUACCUGGGCAAUUAAUCACAUACACUGAUCUAAGUGCUAAUCAUGCUCUCAAAAAAACAUUGGAAUUCAAAAUGCCGCACGAGACAAUCCAGUACGAUAAUGGAGAAAUACCAGGAGAUAGAAGAGGAGCGGCAGGUUUGGAUUCAUCCCUUUGGUGUCAUAUCAUUAGAAAUUGGUAUUGGAAUACAGGAAAUAAAAAAAAGCGUGAAGCAUUCAUUCAAAUGGAUAAGGAAAAAGUCGAGAAGCGCGACUCCACGGUUCUUGUACCUUUUCACCAAAUGGAUAAAAAAACUCGUAAGGUAUACCUUCAUAAUGAACGACCAUCUCCGAAAAUAUCUGAUAAUCCGAAGCACAACAAAGAAAUAGAGAUCGGUACAUUCAGGACAAGUAAAAGAGUUAAACAAAUCACUAGGGUGAUAAAGCCUCGACCGUGUAUCACGAAGAAGCAAAAAGGUUUUGAUCAUAUAGAUAGGAUGAUAACGAAAAGGAUCGGGUUCAAAAAAAAAGUUACAUUCACUAAGGAGGAAGACCGGCUGCUCAUGUUAUGCAAAGCAGCCGAUAUGUUGUUAAGUUUGAACAGCCUCACUGAUCUUCCCAUGGUAUCAUACUCCACUGUAAGGGAUGUCAUUCAUCGAAUGUGUCGAGAUAGUAGGAACAAAACUACCAGGGUGAUUGUACGUCGUGUAAGGGUUUAUAUAAAACCUCAACUUAAUCCAGAAAAUAUUCGCAAUUUGGUAGAUAUUCCUGAAAUCAAGAAGUAUGUGAUGCCUUUUGUACAAUCUUUAGGUAAUGAAAAGGACAGCAGGCCAACUGACAAUCACAUACGAAUCGUUUAUAUUACUCUCGUGGCCUACAUGUUUCAACACCAAAGCGAGGUUUUCAGCUGUAUUCAUGGAAACACGCUAAAUAUUAACCAUUUACACCCAAACAAUCUGGCUAAUACCGAAAAGAGUUUGGAAGAAAAAUCGCCAAUCAUCUUUAAGGAGGCAAACACCGAAAAUGAUAUCUCGAGGAACUCUAUCAAAUGUGUGGUGCUCUCUUCACUGUUAUGCGCUACAAGCCCAGUUUUGCUGUACAAAGUGUAUGAGUGUUUUCCGGACGAGUUGAUUCGUGAAGCAGUAGAUGAGUUGAGUAAAUCUCAAAUAAUCUCCGCUAGGAAACAUAGGAAGAAAAUUAACGCCCAGAUUGUCUGGCAGAUUCCAUAUAAACUUUCCAAUAAAUUCUUUUUUUUACUCCGCACGACUUAUGACCCUAUAACUGCGAAUGAUGCCUACCAGGCUCUCCAACUUUUAAAGGUGCCUAACGAAAAGCGAAUAAUAGACUGGACUCCAAAGCUGGCAAGUCGUAUUGAUUACGGUCGCUUGUUAGGUUUCAACGAGUUCUUUACAGUAUGGGAUAGAUUACGAUUCAAAUUUAACAUUCCUGAGAGCACGGUGAUAUUGAAUCCCGAUAUUGAGGACCACAGUGACGUGGUGAAUGAGAUAGCUGUCAGAUACCAGUGGAAAAUUAAGCGAAUGGUGCAAGAAAAGGCAGAGCCUGACCCUGAUGAAGAUGAGAUUGAUCAGCAGAGCACUCACACAGACAGCGAUUAUCAAUUCAGUCAGACUCAAUACGCUAAGUCUCAGUCAAAAACCAUAACAAUCAUAGAAGAUGAUAUGGAUGUUCCAGAAACGUCACUGGACGGAGACAUAGAUACGAUCGAUAGGCUGAAGGUUUGGGUCAGUGAUUGUAUGAAGGUAGAGCGUAGAAGUCCUAGCCCAGAGUUUUUUGUUGAUGAAGGAGAAUCGGAAAGGAAAAGUCCAGCUACAGACGAUCAGGAUCAGGAAGGCAGACAUCCAGAUCGAGAAAUAUCUGUCGGAGGGGAGAAACGAUACGAAAAGAGUGAUAAAAUCUUCAAGUUUGAUUACGUUCCUUCAUUGAAGGAAAUUGAAGAAGAGCUAAUGAAGGUAACACCACCUGAUGAAGAGAGAAGAAUACCUUAUAUCACUGAUCUAGCCCAUUUACUGAAUAGGGACAAUUUUAGUGAAAGUAAAAUGAGCGACGACGACCUUGAUAAAUUGAAACAACAUUUCGUAACUCAGUUUUCUUCUUUGGAAAAUCUCAUAUUGGACGAUAUUGAGCAGCUGUACGAUAGUCCCACAUUGAAAUUUAUAGAGGACCAUGCGAAAAACCAUAACAUAUGGAAGAAAGUUCAAAGUGAUCUGAUUUUUAAAGACGUUGGUUUGAUUCCCGAUGUUGAUGAAGUUGUACAAAUGGCAUGUGGAGGUGUGGAAGACAUGGACAUAUCUAACCAAAUUGUAGCGUACGUUUUGUCUAAGGGUGUCUUUGGAGCUACUGGCCCUGAAUUACAGGCGACGUUUCCGUGCGUAGAAAAGUCAUUCUUGGUAACAAAUGUAAUGAGAUUGAUAGAUGCUGGUAUAUUGAUACGGGUUGGUAUAUGUACUCUAAGAUUCGUCCACUACACUCAUCGUUAUAUCUGGCUGGUUGAUGCUUACCAAAUACCCAUAGAAAUCCAAAAUGCUGAUGAUGAGGAGCAAGUGAAGGAGAUCGCCAAACAAUUGGAAGGAAGUGCAACAAAGUCCGUAAGGGUCGUUCCUUGGGCAAAAAUCACCGGUCAAUUAGAUAAGCAGAUGCUCAGUCAGUGGUUGUGUAGAUUACUUUCACAUGUUAUAAAUAACCCAAGGAUAACUUUAUGGAAUCUAUGUGCCAAAUUCCCGUUCUUGCGGCCUGUGGAAGUCUUCUAUAUUCUCGAGAUUCUACAGGAAAUAGGCUGUAUUAAACUGUACACGUAUAACAGUCCCGAAGCUGACUUAUUUUCUGAUUGGACAAUUCCUUAUGAAGAAUGUACUACAGCUUUGGAUGAUUUUGAGAAUGUUUUCAUACAACCUACUAAUGUAUCUUUGCUAGCACUUGGUUCAUUCUAUCAUUCUCUUACUAUUUCUAGUAACUAG